AUGAUCAAGACGUUGAUCACUACUGAUCAAAGAAACGUCAACCCGGUAGACCCAUGUAAGAAGCGAAAACUGACCUCCAAGGGCAAGGAGGUUGAUCCCAAUGGUUUAGCUACAUCUCUACCGGUACAAGGGACCGACCUUGUAAAAUCAGGUACGGAUUGGGAUCCUAGUGGUAAGGUACUGAUGUGGAAUGUGGAUGAGUUAAGUACUAAGACACUUAUGUGUCUGGUGGAAAGGACACUGAAGCUUCCACAUCGGAGCCUGAAAGGUAGACGUAUAGUCCAACGUGACGGAACGGUAAGACACGACCUAACUCCAACCGGGGGAAGGAUGAUCUCAAAGGAUCAAUGGACACUAGCUGCGAAAGCAGUUAGGGGAUAUGUCCGGCAAGAGAAACCCAAGGCAGUUAGGCAAAAAGUCCAUUACUCUCAUAAGAGUAGUGGAUCCCGGAGUGAGUGGGAUGGACAGUUAUCUGUAUUGUCCUACAAUAUCAAUGGGUUCUGGAAUAAAAGGAAUGAGCUUAAUUUGCUUCUUGAAGAAAGGAAACCUUUAUUGGUUGCUCUUCAAGAGACUCGAAGACUUGGUGGAGCCAGGUCAAGAGUUUUUGGGUACCAGUGUAUUGAGUCAUGGGGAAUCCAUAGGGCUGGUACUGUUGGAAAUCUCUUGGGUGUUAGACGACGAAGCGGUCUCACAUUAAGUGAGUACGAGGUAACUCCUUGGUACGCAGCAGCUCGUCCAGAUGGGACAAACUCCGAAGGGGAUCGAGUAGCUAUACUUGCCUAUUCCGUAUAUAUCCCAUGUAAGGGAACGGAAGAUAGGAAGAAAGCGAAAGAUUAUCUCAAGGCGUCACUAGAUAAAGUGGCGUCAGAGAAGAAAUUCUCAGAGGUAGUGCUUAUGGGAGACCUGAAUAGCACACCCAAGGAAGUAGAUACCUUACUCAAGUCUACCAACCUGAGCCUGAAUAGGAUACGUAGUGAGCAGCAUACGUUUAGGAGAGGUACUAAGACCUCUAUCCUAGACUAUGUCUGUCUUACAAGCCCGAGGAACGUUAAAAUUAGGGCGGUAUAUGACUGGGAUCUCUCAGAUCAUUAUCCAUUGUUGGUACGAUGGGAGAUGGAAACUCCUUGGAAAGUUGAUGAGAAACUAUCAAUAGAUAGAGAUAAACUCACAUUGGAAAAGGAGAGAGUAGUAGCUUGUAAAAGCUGGAAACUACAAAACGAUCUCCCUACUCAAGAUCUAGUGCAAUCUUUCAUAAGUAACGCACAUAAGAUCUUCGAGGAUCAGGGUAUUAGUAAGAAACGAGGGGAAGUAAGUUGGAGAAAGUUCUAUCGUAGAGGUACUCUCUCUGCGAUAAGGGCUAGAAGGGAGUAUGCAAAACUCAAAGGGUCGAGUAGGUUUGAUGAACAAAGAUAUCUGGAUCUUAAAGCAAACUCGAAAGACCUGAGACUACGAGAUGAGGUAUACGUCCACGAGAAGAAGCUUGAGGAUCUGUGUUCUUAUGCCAGAUCCAAUGACGGAAGAAAGCUUUGGAUGAACCUUAAGAGUAUGUUGAAAGGGGUAGCUGGGGCAGAAGCAGGCGCCCUGAUGGAUAAGGUAAAUAACAGGAUCGUUUAUGCGACUUCUGAGAAGCAAGUAGUAUGGUCUACCCAUUUUGGAAACCUGGCUGUCGAUGAGACAGGUAAUAGCAGGUGCUACGAUAAAUGGAAGAUCAUACUACCUUGUGAAGAGGAUAGGCCGGUGCAUCAGGGUUGUAAUGAACAACUCGAAUGGAGUGAUGUAGUUACAGCUCUGAAGCAAUUACCAAGGAACAAAGCAUGUGGUAUGGAUGGAAUACCUGGAGAACUCUUCAAACUGGUAGAGAACGAAAUUAAUCCAGAGACCAGGUUGGCCAAAGCUAUUUGGGACAUAGUUAAUACUAUGUGGAUAAGAGCUGAGGUACCAGAGUGUCUGACAGCAGCAGCUGUGGUACCUAUUCCAAAGAAAGGUGACCUGAGUGAUCCGGAUAAUUAUAGAGGUAUCUCUCUCAUACCGGUGAUACUCAAGUUGGUGAGUAAGAUUGCUACGAACCGACUGACAGCUAUUGUAGAAACCAAUAACCUGAUCCGUAAGGAACAGGCAGGUUUCAGGUCAAGAGAAGAGUGUGUGGGUCAAGCCACUGCGAUGUAUGAAGCUGUAGGCCGAAGGGCAGCCGACGGGAAAACUACGUAUGCUCUCUUCAUCGAUUUCUCCAAGGCAUAUGACAGAGUACCACAUGCAGGAUUAUUGAGGAAGAUAGAAUCCAUGGGAAUUGGAGGACAUCUCCUCAAGGUAAUUAAGGCCUUGUAUGACAAACCUAAGUUAUGUGUGCGAGUAUCAGGUUCAUACUCUGGUAUGGUAGCAUACGACAAGGGUGUUAGACAAGGUUGCCCGGCAUCACCUAUCUUAUUUGACCUAUACAUCAACGACUUACUCGAUAAAGGUAAAGGAAUCAUAGUACCAGGUGUUCAGGAGCGUCUGAAAGGACUACUGUUCGCUGAUGACGCAGUGAUAUUCGCGGAGUCUGCCAGUCAGUUGCAAGAAGCACCUGACCGAGUAGAAGAGUGGGCUCAGAAGUGGGAAAUGAGGCUUAACAUUGAAAAGUGUGGAGUACUCACAUUCCCACCAAGAGAUAGUGCNGGUUCAUACUCUGGUAUGGUAGCAUACGACAAGGGUGUUAGACAAGGUUGCCCGGCAUCACCUAUCUUAUUUGACCUAUACAUCAACGACUUACUCGAUAAAGGUAAAGGAAUCAUAGUACCAGGUGUUCAGGAGCGUCUGAAAGGACUACUGUUCGCUGAUGACGCAGUGAUAUUCGCGGAGUCUGCCAGUCAGUUGCAAGAAGCACCUGACCGAGUAGAAGAGUGGGCUCAGAAGUGGGAAAUGAGGCUUAACAUUGAAAAGUGUGGAGUACUCACAUUCCCACCAAGAGAUAGUGCUACUAAUAGUGAGCCAGUGAUAGAGGAAACCCAGAUCAUCCUCCAUCAAGAGACUGUGCCAAUAGUAGAUCACUAUACAUACUUAGGUGUGAAGAUCACCAAAACCUUAACUCCAAUGGACAUGUCUCAUCACAAUAUAGGUAAGGGUAUUAAGACUAUUGAGGGUCUGAAACCUAUAUUGUGUGGGACAAGAGUACCCACGUACUUCAAACUGAAACUGAUUCACGCACGGUUGAUGCCUGUAUUAUUGUACGGUGCGGAACUGUGGGGUAUGAAUACCAACAAUUGUAGGAAGCUACAACAAACCUUAGUAGGGGCACUCAGGAUGGCGAUGCGAGUAGGGAGGAAUGUCAGNGUGCCAAUAGUAGAUCACUAUACAUACUUAGGUGUGAAGAUCACCAAAACCUUAACUCCAAUGGACAUGUCUCAUCACAAUAUAGGUAAGGGUAUUAAGACUAUUGAGGGUCUGAAACCUAUAUUGUGUGGGACAAGAGUACCCACGUACUUCAAACUGAAACUGAUUCACGCACGGUUGAUGCCUGUAUUAUUGUACGGUGCGGAACUGUGGGGUAUGAAUACCAACAAUUGUAGGAAGCUACAACAAACCUUAGUAGGGGCACUCAGGAUGGCGAUGCGAGUAGGGAGGAAUGUCAGUGUAGGCAGGCUGCUUGCGGAAACAGGGACAGCACUCGUAGCUGAGUCUGCGGCCAAGAGACGACACAGGGCUACCCGAAAGUUCCCUACCCUCAAGACCUGGAUUGCGAUCCUUUUGAAGAAUCCCUACCACGGGAGGAAGAGGGUCUGGUCUACCAACUCCCAACAAUGGACUAAACACUACCUGAAGGAAUGUCUAACGGAAAACAGUAAGAGACUCGAAGAGCUCUAUGCUGGGCGUCAGUUGAAGGCGGAUAAAACUUUAGCCACUCAGUGGGCCAAGGACCUGAAACUGGAUACUGAGCCUCCGGUCUGGAUACAGUUAGGUCUUGAGCAACCUAAACUGGCCAGAGCACUUAGUGAGGUAGGCCGUAUUCGCCUAGGGGUAUUCCCUAUAGGUAAGAGACUGGUUUACUGCAAAGUGUUAGACAGAAAAUACCUUGCCAGAUGUCCUGCUUGUGAGCAGGAUGAACCUGAGACAAUUGAGCAUCUAUUACUCACAUGCCCAAGGUGGGAUGAUGCUCGAACCCGAUACCUAUUACCCAGUCUUGGGGAAGUAGGUAUCAACUCCACUGCCCGUGAGGCAACGAUAAGUAUACUCCUGGGAGGGGAGUUGGUUGACGAAGUGUCGGCAGAAGAGCUAGCUCCUAAAAGAGCGAAACUCUUACUGUCGGCCGACAAGAAACGGGACUUUGUAGUUAAUACUGCAAGGUUCCUUAAGGUCGCGUUACCAAAACGCCAGGGCCUGAUAGCUCCCAAGCUUGUCAGGUCCUCCAUCAACCUCCUUGACGCAAGGCCAGAAAGGUAUGCGAGCUCUAGGCGGGCAGGAGUCGGUAGGGGAGAGUUUUAG